UUUUUCCUAUGUCCGCAGGUGUACGCCAUUUUUUAAUUUUCCCUUCUCCCUUUUUUAUUACGUACCCUCAACACUGCUCUUUCAACGUGAGGCGAAGGGGUUUUGCUCUGAUCUGUGAAGAUCUUGACGAUUUAGUGCAAAAAGUGUUCGGCGGGUUUGGCGUAAAAGGGAUGCGGCUAUAAAAAAAAAUAACUCCGAGAGCGAGUAGAGAAGAAAUCUAUUGAGGGAAAGAUGGGAAUGAGCAACGGGCUCAAGAACGGCUACAGCCCGGAAUACAUGGGCAUGAAGACCGACAAGAAUCACAACUGGAAGGAACUGCACAACUACGAGGAAAGCCGGGCGCACGUGUCGAUCGUCACCGUGUUUCUCACGUACCUCUCGUACAUCAUCCUUUGCCUCCUGGGCUACGCGUCCGAGUGGCUGGCGAAAUUCGGCCUGUUGCGCAACGGACUCAACGUCGACCCUCGCUUUGGGGAAAACUACGUUCCGUUGUACUUCAACAACUGGGAGAGUAUUUUUGCGAGGCACAUUUACCGACGCGGACGAGAGUAUUGCAGUCGGCCGAUUUGCAGUGUGCCCGGGGCCAUGUGUACGCUCAAGGACCGAUACACGCCGGACAAUGGCUGGAAUUUCCAGUUCACGGGAACGCAGACCAAGUGCGUCAAUUUCGGGUCGUACAACUAUUUGGGCUUUGCGGAGAAUCGUGGUCCUUGUUGCGAUUCUGCGAAGGGGGCGAUUCGUAAGGAAGGCUUGACGUUGGGCAGUGCCACGAGGGAGUUGGGGAGUGGGCGGGCGGUUGAAGAGUUGGAAUCUUUAGUCGCCGAGUAUCUGGGGUUGGAGGAUGCGAUUGUGUUCGGCAUGGGUUUUGCGACGAAUUCGCUGAACCUGCCAGCCUUGGUAGGCAAAGGAAGCUUGAUCAUAUCUGACCAGUGGAACCACUCGUCACUGAUCCUCGGUGCCCGACUCUCGGGUGCCGCCAUCCACGUGUUCCAGCACAACAACAUGGCGUCGCUAGAGAAAGUCAUUCGCGACGCCAUCGUUCAAGGCCAGCCGCGAACAAAGCGUCCCUGGAAGAAAAUCCUGAUCGUCGUCGAAGGCAUCUAUUCCAUGGAGGGCACGAUCGUGAACUUGCCCAGCAUCAUUCGGCUAAAGAACAAGUACAAAGCGUAUUUAUACUUGGACGAGGCGCACAGCAUCGGCGCCAUCGGACCCCGAGGCCGCGGCAUCACCGACUACUUUGGCAUCGACCCCCGGGAAGUUGACAUCAUGAUGGGCACGUUUACCAAAAGCUUUGGCUCUGCUGGCGGCUACAUUGCUGGCAAGCGGAGUAUCAUUGACCACUUGCGCGUCCGGUCACACGCUAGCACUUAUGCGUGUUCCAUGAGUCCACCGGUUGCCCAGCAAGUCAUCGCUGCCAUGUCCAUCAUCAUGGGCAAGGACGGGACCCACGAGGGCAUCAAACGGAUACGCGCGCUGGCUGAAAAUUCCCGGUAUCUACGACGAAAUUUGAUGCGCAUGGGAUUCAUCAUUUUCGGUCACGACGACUCUCCGAUUAUUCCGUUGUUGCUGUUUCAACCGGCCAAGAUCCCGUGGUUUGCUCGGUGCAUGACUGAGUACAAUGUGGCGGUGGUUGCUGUGGGAUUCCCGGCGACGCCCGUGGUAGAGUCGAGGGCUAGAUUUUGCGUGAGUGCUGGACACACCAAGGAAAUGUUGGACCAAGUUUUAUCGGCUAUUGCCGAGGUCGGCGACCGGCUGCUGAUCAAGUACGCCAAAAAUCAAGUCCGCUCCAAGUUGGAUUGCGACCCGGACUACGACUGCGAAUGACUUUAAUUUAUGGCUUUUUUGCGACUAGGAUUUUUUUUUUUUUGAGAAUGACUAGCGUUGUUGAAUUUCUUGAAACCGUCUCUUUCUUUCAAACCGGCAUGGCUUCGAACAAAUGCUGACGACUAGGAUAACGGUUUGACGUAUAUUCCGAGGCCUGUAAUUUUCGACUCGUUUCCACAUGAAAAAAACAAAAACAGGCAAUGUCGUUUGGAAGAUGAUGUGGUCGAGAAAAAAAAUUCGAUUGAUUGACAAAGCUUAAAAAAAAAAGAAGAAUCGGCUCAUUUUUGGCAGCAGUGCUUUCCUCGAUUGGUAAUUAUGCGAAAUGGCUUCUUUAUACUUUCAACACGGUUCCGGUGUAAUCAUUGCAUCAAUCGGCUGUCUUUUUCGCUUUCUAAUUGUUUUUUAAUGCAUGUAUGGCGAAUGACGUGGAUUCAUGAAGAAUUUCUUUUUCGCUGUCCUGCGUUGUUCGUUCCGGCUAAGGAUAGGUUUUGUGGGUCCUCGAAGACGUGUUACGACGCUGGGCAUAAUGAGGAAAGAAGUAAAGAACCGUGACCAAGUUUAGUUUAGCCGGCUUCGACCGAUUUAACCCCGCGUACACACAUAUACAUAUAUAUAUAUUUUUACCUGUGUCAAAGUUGUGAUUUUAGUCGUGUUUCGAUCGCGUUGAUUUUUUCGGCUUUUCGGGGCGAUUCUUUCUUAAUCUGAGCAGGGUAGAUCUGAAGCGAGUCCUGCAUAGUUUUUUUUUUUAAGAAAAAUACGUAUCCUUUGUUUGUUUUGGUGUCGCGAAAACGUAGGUAUCAUUAGCCGGUUUAAUUGUUCAGUCGAGUGCUCAUCCUGUGCAGUCGUGAGAAUCGCUCCGAGGAAACAAAUUAAAGCUAGUAUAGCAAAAAAGGCACGUAAUCGGCGCAGCCAGUAAGCUUCCGUUUCCAGAAAAACAAGUGGCUUCCAAUUUGUUCUGAGAUCUUGCGUUAAUUCGAGGCUGGGUUACAACGUAACGAGGUCUGUUCCGUUUGUAGAAUCUUGUUAGCGUUUUGCGUUUUUUUUUGUAUUAAGAGAAAUUGUAGAUAAGAGUUUUACGUGUUUUUUUUUUUGUUUGUUCAAGAAUCAAUGCGGAAUCCGGAUGCCAUCGAUCAUUGCAUGUGGGCAGCGUGGGAAGCUCGAGUGUAAUCAAAAGAGCGGACGAAUUUUUUUUUUUUUUCAUGGUCAUUUUUUUUGCUUCGAACGGAAUAACAAUUACAUUAUCUUUUUUUUCGCGGGAAUCCCUGACGGUGCCUUACGCUGUCGAACUUUUCGGAAGUGACGACGUCGAAAACGAUUUUGCUGCGUGAUUGAAAAAGCCAGCUGGACUGUAGGGUUCGAUGAUCCGUAAAUUCUUGGGUUACCGUAUCUACGCAAAUGUGUGACGUUGUUUUCCAGGUUCAAAUUCGUUAAAUGUGAAUCAUUCUUGAAACUUAUUGUAAAAUUGUGGGUUAUGUCUUCGUCCAAAACGUGUUUCACACGAAUAAUUGACCGCUCGAGCAUUCGUAGAACAUCUUUUCACCAUAACCGUGGUUAACUUGGAUGAUUUCAACUGUAUUAAAUGUAAAUCAUUCUUGGAUGUUCUUGUAAAUGUUUUUAUUUGUGUCUUCGUCCAAAACGUGUUUCUAUAAAGAUGUUUCUAUAAGAUUCUAUAAAGAUCUCGUGCAUUGGUUGAAAAACUUUCCGCAAAAACCGGGAAUAACGGAUAAUAUCAACUGUAUUAAAGGUGAAUCUUUCUUGGAUUUUCUCAUGAAUAUUUGGGUUGUGUCUUUAUCGAAAACGUGGUUCUGUAAUAAUAAUUGACAUCUCGAGCAUUUUUUGAAAACCUUUCUACAAUAAACGAAGAUAUUUUGAAUAUUUUUCAGGCGAUUAGAAGUGAGAAUUCGGAACUUCGUUAUAACUGCAGUGGGUGAUUCGAAUGCAAUUCGAGUAGAAAAUAUUAGUUGAAAAUUAGUGUAAGGGCUUUUUUUGGUCCACCCUGUGGCGUGUUUGUCGUAAAUAUUUCUCGGAAUUUAAAUUACCGUACGCGUCAAAGAAAAUAGAGUGGACCUUUCUGUGCAAUUUUGUCGUUGAAAAUAUGUUCAAAUAAAAUGUGUUGUUCGCAUGGUCCACCCUGUGCAAUGAAGUCCCUGGCAUUUUGUGAAGCAAGUGUUUCUUCGGAUUUGUUCGGUUCGAGGAGCUGAAAAAGUAAUGUAUGUCUUGAACCUUCGGUGUCCGAAAUUUGCGUGAAUACGGUACUUCUGACUGACCCCUGGGAUUCAUUUAUUUUUCAUAUGCGUGUGUUUUGGCGACGUCAUGCGAGUGACAGAUUUAUCUGACCCUUCGGUGUGCUUCGCAAUCCUGUACAUUCGAUGUUCAAUCCUGUCCGUCGCGUUUUACAGAGGUGACACCUUUGAAUAUACCUGUCCGUGUAAGUUUCUUGAGGUUCGAAGCGCAAAAAAAGAAAAUGAGAAAAAUCUUGUGUGAAAGCAACGAGAGAUCUUCUGAGUUUUGAAGCAGUGGCUGCCAUGACAUCAGUCAGUUGGGAUUGCGCUCUCAUUGGGUCUUUUGUGAGGCUUUCCAACCAGUGGAUCUGAGGCAAUUGUUCCUCGUUUUGUUUAGUUGUUUUCCCCGCUGUAAGUGUUAACUGCUUUCGUCUCCCGUAUAUGCGAGAAACGCGGAAGAAUCGCCUUUUCAAUUUCCCCCCAACAAGCUUUCGUCCGAUGCCAUGACAAUUGAGAGAAUUCACGCGUGUGUGUUUGUGAAUUGCUGCUGCUUUUUUUUCAUGUGAUUGCGAGACAGGUGUAGAGUGUAUUCAUCCUGGAUGAGAUGUUCGUGCAUACAUUUCCUGUCGGAUAAUUCUUGUUCCGUGUCGCCUUCAGGGGUGGGGAAACGAGGUUCGUGGUACAUGACUCCUGAGAAUUACGGGCUAUUAAUGGUUUUUACUUGACACUGCGUACUUGACGAAAAUAAAUGCUGAGAGCACGAUUCUGAUGGCUAAGAGCGGAGCCCCCCCGCA